CUGAGCAUGAGCAGUAGUGAGUGAGGCAGUGAGCCUCACCACCAAGACGAAGAAGAUCUCCUCCGUUGCUUUCGAGGAUGAACGGGUCCCAUGCGCUACCCUCCAAACCCCCCUCCCUCCACUCCACAUUGUUUCUCUCUCCCGCCCUAUAUCAACCCACGCUGCUUCCAAAACUAGGGCGAUGCACCUCAGCUCGGCGUUCGUCUCCAAGCUCUCGCAACCAAACCGCCGCCAUUUUUGGCCGCUUCUAUACCAGCUUCCUUGCUUAAUUUGCUUGCCCUCCCGUGACAACAACCUCGUCGUCUCCCCUCCCUGAGCUGUCUUGGGUAAUUCGAUCGAUGGGCGCCGCCGCGGCGGAGGAGGCGGUGGUGGUGGUGAGGGGGGCGCCGCCGCCGCCGUCGUCGGGGAAGAGGAGGUCCACCACGCUGCUGCACCUCUUCCAGCUCGAGAAGCCCGACGUCGUCGUUGGUGCGAUGCUGCUCCCGCCGCCGUCGCCGGAGCCCGAGGAGGAUCGUCUGAUCACCAAGAUCGAGUCGUGCAGCCGGGUCUUCACGUUCGUCGAUGGUGGCGGCGCCGCAGGGGGGGAGUCCGGCGAGGAGAGGGACGCGAAGACGGAGGCGCUCGGUGAGGUGCUCGCCGCGGUGAGGGCGAGCGGGAAGAGGAAGCAGGGGCUGGACCACCGGGUGAUGGUGGCGCUGGUCAAGAUGGUCGCCGCCAACCUGUUCCGGGCGAUGCCGCCGUCCGCCUACCCGUCGUCGCUCCCGCCGCCGUCCGACGUGCUCGACGACGAGGUCCCCGUGAUGGUGCUGCUCCCGUCGUGGCCGCACCUCCACCUCGUCUACGACGUCCUCACCGCCGCCGUCGCCGCGGCGGACGCCAGGGCGCUCCGCAACCACGUCGACCGGAGCUUCCUCGCCGGCCUAGUCACCCUCUUCGCCUCCGAGGACCCGCGUGAGCGCGACCGCCUCAAGACCGCCUACCACCUGCUCUACUCCAAGCUCACCGGCGAGCGCGCGUUCAUGCGGCGCACCAUGGCCGCCGCGCUGCUCCGGUUCGUCUACGACGCGUCCCCGGCGGAGGCCGAGCGCCACUGCGGCGUCGGCGAGCUGCUCGAGGUCUGCGGCAGCAUCAUCAACGGCUUCGCCGUGCCGCUCAAGGAGGAGCACCGGGCGUUCAUGGCGCGCGUGCUGCUGCCGCUGCACCGGACGCGGUGGGUGCACACGUACCACCGCCAGCUCGCCUACUGCGUGCUCCAGUUCGUCCACAAGGACCCCGGCCUCGCCGGCGCCGCCGUCAGGGACAUCCUCCGCCACUGGCCGGCGACCAACUGCCAGAAGGAGGUGCUGCUCAUCGACGAGCUCGAGGAGAUCGUCGAGAUCCUCGACCAGCACCACUUCGACAAGCUCGUCGUCCCCGUCUGCUCCCGGAUCGCCCGCUGCGUCAGCAGCUGCAGCUCACAGGUGGCGGAGAGGGCGCUGUACGUGUGGAACAACGAGCGGUUCGUGGCGAUGGCGUGCGCGGCGGGGCCGGCGGCGAUGGAGGAGCGGAUCCUGCCGGCGUUCGUGGCGAGCAUGGAGGCUAACCUGGAGCGGCACUGGAGCAGGUGCGUGCAGCAGGUGACGGCCAGCGUGCGUGCGCUGCUUGACCGGGUGGCGCCGGGGGCCUACGCCCGCUGCGCCGCCGGCCUCGCCGCGCGCCUGGCCGAGGCCGACGCCGACGCCGCCGCGCGCCGCGCACGGUGGCGCCGCCUGGAGCUCGCCGCCGACGCCGGCGCCGAUGCCAAGUAGCGUAGCAGUAGUAGUACGCUUUGUACAUGCCAAAACAAGCAAGCAAGCAAGCAACGAUAUGUGUUCCGCUCGUACGUGUUUUUGGUCGUGACCGUGUAACUCGUCGUGGUGCAUGCAGCGAGAUGGAGGUGAGCGUUUUUAUCGGUAAUCGUAAAAACUCUAUAGAUUCGCAGCCAUGUUAAAGUCUGAUUGUAGAGGUCUACACCCUCCGUCAGAAAAGAAAAUCCAAUGUUUAAAUAUACACUGGAUUUUCUUUUUGACAGAGGGAGAAACUUUUAAAUUUAGCUUUAAAAGUUUGGUGUGGACUGAAGCUGUGAAGUAACUUGUAAAAGCGUUCUACCCAUAUCCGUUUCUAUCUUCGGUGGAGAUAAAACUGUUUGACUAAAAUCUA